AAAUCGUCCUGGGGUUGUUUUCCCGAUUUGAGCUAAUUAGCACGCUAGCAUGUUCUCGGAGCUCUGGCGCCUUGGAUGGAGGCUUAUUAUAUUUCCCUUUAUUAACACGUCCGUCUCAUUUUUACAGUAUUAAAGCUUUUUUCAUAUCCUUUACAUAUUUCUGGAGUGACUAGAUCCGAACUUAACGAGGAGACUUUGUUGUCUGCGGUCGAGUUACGUCGUGUGUUGUCGUGAAAACAAACACGAACUGCAUUAUAUUCGAGUCGAGACAUCUUGCUAAUUUAAUGCCUGACCAGCUAGUUAGCGAGCUUAGCAUCUGGUAACCGCUCAGUCCUCGAGGAUCUGGACAGUUCCUUUUCCUGGGAAUGAGAUUGUCUUGAGCUGUGGAGUAUGAGUACACAAUGAAGCGCCGUUCGGACGAUCAGGAAACAGCGUUUGGGUCUCAGCGGCGGCUCCCCGGAGGCACAGAAAACUUUCACCGUGUUGUUGCCGCUGCAUCUUCCACCUACGGGGCUGCCUCAGAAAACAUGCAGCCUGCAGCUGGUGUGCAGUACUCUCAGGUCUCUCCGGCUUUUCAGGUGCCCUUGGCUCAGAGCUCUGGAGGACAUGGACAUAGUGACGGUCCUGCAGUGCACGCUGGCGCACAUCAUCACGGCCCCGUGGUCCAGCCUACAGGAGCCGCCGUGGGUCAGGGUCACUCUCAUACCCCGCCUGCUUCUGCUCCAACACCAGGCCAGCAGCAGUUCCAAAGGCUUAAGGUGGAAGACGCUCUUUCCUACCUUGAUCAAGUGAAGCUCCAGUUUGGAAAUCAGCCUCAAGUCUACAAUGACUUCCUGGAUAUAAUGAAAGAAUUCAAAUCACAAAGACUGGAAAUUCUACCGGACUGGAGGGUGGAAUUUGCCCAAAAAAAAGGCAUCGAUACACCAGGAGUGAUUAACAGAGUGUCGCAGCUAUUUAAGGGCCAUCCAGACCUCAUCAUGGGUUUUAAUACCUUCUUGCCUCCUGGCUACAAAAUAGAAGUGCAGACGAACGACUUGGUGAACGUAACAACCCCAGGCCAGAUCCAUCACAUCACGCCACAUGGCAUUUCAGUGCAGAACAUUCCCAUUCCGCAGCAGGCUGUGGUGCACCAGAGCCAGAUUUCGGCUCCUACCAGCACCGCUGCUCUGCCCAUGCCCAGCCAGCCUACGCCUGCCAAGAUCAGCAAGCCCAUGCAGUCUCCUGCCCUAACCCCAACUAGCCAGCACAAUCCGUCCAUCCCGUCCUACGCCUCGCCCCGCUCCCCUUCAGUCCAAUCUCAUACGCCAGUGAGCAGCACACCUGCCAGUGCUCCUCCAUUGCAAAACAACCAGCCUGUGGAGUUUAACCACGCCAUCAACUAUGUCAACAAGAUCAAAAACCGCUUUCAAGGCCAACCAGACAUUUACAAAGCCUUUCUGGAGAUUCUGCAUACAUACCAGAAAGAGCAGCGGAAUGCAAAGGAAGCAGGUGGGAACUACACUCCAGCUCUUACUGAACAGGAAGUGUAUGCUCAAGUAGCCAGGCUGUUCAAGAACCAGGAGGAUCUGCUGUCUGAGUUCGGACAGUUCCUACCAGAUGCCAACAGUUCUGUGUUAUUGGGAAAAACAAGUACAGAUAAGCCUGAGUCUGUUCGUGUGGAUGCCAGUGGUGUCUUGAAGAGGCCUCAGCUCAACAACAACAAGCAGCAGAGAUUUAACCAGAACGGCUGCCAGAAUCGUAGACACUCCGGACCUGGUUCUGCUCCGCCUUUAAAGAAAAAGCCAAAGUUGAAAGAACACCCAGUGGCUGAAGGCAGUAAAUUUGGAAUCGGCACUGAAUCAUUGUUUUUUGAAAAGGUGAGGAAAGCACUAAGAAGUGCAGAGGCCUAUGACAAUUUCCUACGUUGUUUAGUAAUCUUCAAUCAAGAGGUGAUCUCCCGAGCAGAGCUAGUGCAGUUGGUGCUACCUUUCUUAGGGAAAUUCCCAGAGCUGUUUACUUGGUUCAAAAACUUCCUGGGCUACAAAGAGUGUGCCCAAAUAGAGAGCUUUCCCAAAGAGCGUGCCACAGAGGGCAUUGCUAUGGAGAUUGAUUAUUCAUCCUGCAAGAGACUGGGUUUCAGUUACAGAGCUCUGCCUAAGAGCUUCCAGCAACCCAAAUGCACAGGGAGAACUCCAUUGUGUAAGGAAGUUCUGAACGACACGUGGGUGUCUUUCCCAUCAUGGUCCGAGGACUCCACAUUUGUUAGCUCUAAGAAGACACAAUACGAAGAGCACAUAUACCGAUGUGAGGAUGAGCGCUUUGAGCUGGAUGUGGUGUUGGAGACAAACCUGGCCACUAUCCGUGUUUUGGAGACUGUUCAGAAGAAACUUUCACGAAUGUCAGCAGAAGAACAGGCCAAAUUCAGGUUGGACAACACUAUGGGAGGCUCGUCCGAGGUCAUUCACCGCAAAGCCAUUCAGAGGAUAUACGGAGAUAAAGCUGCAGAUAUAAUUGACGGUCUUAAGAGAAACCCCGCUGUCUCUGUACCUAUUGUUCUAAAAAGACUGAAAAUGAAAGACGAAGAGUGGCGCGAGGCUCAAAGAGGCUUUAACAAGAUCUGGAGGGAGCAGAAUGAGAAGUAUUACCUCAAGUCAUUAGACCACCAGGGUAUUAACUUCAAACAGAACGACACGAAAGUGUUCCGCUCCAAGACAUUGCUCAAUGAGAUCGAGACUCAGUAUGAUGAGCGGCAAGAAGCAUCAGAGGACAACGGCUCCUCUCCAUCAGGCCCUCACAUGACUCUGCCUUAUGAAGAUGGACAUAUCCUGGAGGACGCAGCUUCCCUCAUCAUCCACCAUGUGAAGAGACAGUCCAGCAUCCACAAGGACGACAAAUAUAAAAUCAAGCAGGUCAUCUACCACUUCAUCCCUGACAUGCUGUUUGCCCGUCGCGGUGAGCUUUCUGAUGUGGAAGAGGAGGAGGAAGAGGAGGAGCCAGAUCCUGACGACGAUCGAGUGAAGAAGCCUAACGGUACACCUCAGCCCAAAUCCAAGCUGCUGUUCAGCCACACGACGCCGGCCCAGCAGAAGCUAAGCACUUCCGACGAAGCCUACAACCUCUUUUACGUCAACAACAACUGGUACGUCUUCCUGCGGCUUCAUCACAUGCUGUGCUCCAGGCUGCUGCGCAUCUACAACCAGGCUGACAAACAGAUCGAGGAGGAGACCAGGGAGAGGGAGUGGGAGCGAAAUGUACUAGGGAUCAAGAGAGAGAAGAAUGACAGUCCAGCUGUCCAGCUGCGCCUGAGGGAGCCACUGGACGUCGACGUUGAGGACUACUACUCCGCCUUUCUGGAGAUGGUGCGCAAUCUUCUGGACGGAAAUAUGGAGACCUCACAGUAUGAGGACCAGCUGAGGGAGAUGUUCACCAUCCAUGCCUACAUUGCCUUCACCAUGGACAAGCUCAUCCAGAGCAUCGUCAGGCAGCUCCAGCACAUAGUGAGCGAUGAGAUCUGCGUUCAGGUGACAGAUCUUUACCUCAAUGAAUGUUCCAAUAAAGCAACAGGCGGAACCACAUCCACUCAGUCACCCAGGGCCAGUGCCGAAACCAGCUACCAGCGCAAAGCCGAGCAGCUAAUGGCAGACGAGAAUUGCUUCAAGCUCCUAUUCCAGAAGAGCAAGGGGGGUGUUCAGCUGGAUGUGGAGCUGCUGGACACAGAGGAGGAAAACUCUGAUGAACCCUUGGAGUUUGAGCGUUGGCCGGAUUACGUCGACCGCUACCUGAACACGGACUCUGCGUCCCCGGAGCUGAGGGAGCAGCUCUCACAGAAGCCUGUGUUUCUGCCCAGGAACCUUCGACGGAUCAGGAAGUGCCAGCGAGGGCAACACGUACAGAUGAGAGAGGCAAGCGAAGCGGCUAAGAAAACCGCCGACGGUGCCGAGGACCCGAAAAUGGAAUGCAUGUUUAAGCUCAACUCCUACAAGAUGGUGUACGUUAUUAAGUCAGAGGAUUACAUGUACAGACGCACGGCGCUCUUGAGAGCCCAUCAGUCCCACCAGCAAGUCAGUACACGGCUGCACCAGCGUUUCCAGACCUGGUUAGACUCAUGGAGGAAGAAUCGUGUGACCAACGAGCAGGCCACCAACAAUCACAGGUGGCUGAUGGGGGAAGGCCAAGAGGGGCUGCGGGCCUGUAAAACAAGCUGUCAACCUUGCAUCCUUCACUUUCAGGCCAUCAACAGAUACAGGGUCACCUACAGCAGCACUCCAUAACACUUCACUCUGUCCUUCUGCCAUUUCUGAGAGCUGGUGCUUUUAUGUGUUUUUUUCUUUUAUUUAUAUAUAUAUAUAUAUAUAUAUAUAUAUAUAUAUAUAUAUAUAUAUAUAUAUAUAUAUAUAUAUUAUAUACUGGUUGCCAUGGAGCUCUUUUCAGACUCCUUAAUCUUGUCCAUUUUUAUCUUUUUUAACUUGUAGAUCGAAACUUCUUAGUACAUCCUCAUGUUUUCUCAGUCACCAUAAAGAAAAAUAUUUGACAGAUUUUUUUUUUAUUAAUUCCGCACAGUAAUUAAAGUCUGAAGCUAAUCAUGAAGAUGUACUAUUAAUCUUGCACAAGUCAAUGUGUAACUUUUUUUUAUUAUUAUUUCUAAUGUCUUGUGAAUUAGUAUUUUAUUUUUAUUAUUAUUAUUAUUUUAUUAUUAUUAUUAUUUUUUUUUGCAAUAUGCCCCCAUUGUUUGCGAUUUUAUUUUUAUUCUUAUUAUUUUCUUGGUUCAGUGUUAACCAUGUCCUCAUAAACACUAUUGUGAAUUGCAGCCAGACUUGAACCGUGGAAUAAGUAGGAGACAGAAUGUACUGACUGAGAAGAAAAAGCUUCUUGAAAGCUUUUCGUACGAGAUCAUGCAACAUGGUCAGGCGUGACGACAUUGUCCAUGUAAAAGCUCUGUGCUCUAAAAUAUUUCUAAAUCCCUGAAGAUAAUCAUGCAUUAACGGUUAUCUAAGAUACCAGCUUCAAGAUAAGACCGCAGCCACAGAAUAGAUGAAAUUGUAAAUAACUCUGUAUAUACUCCAGACUGUUUAUAUUCAAAUGAACAUUACAAUGUAGUUCACCUUUUAGACUUUAUUAUCUUAGAAGAUGUGACUGAUGCUGGUCUGUAUAUUAUAAACGAUUACCUUUUUACCAAAGGAAGUUAUUGUUAUAAUGUUUUUUCUUUUUUUUUUCCUUUGUAUUUCAUUAUUUUUGUAAAAUUGUUUUAUCAUCCCUUUGUGGUCAUUGCUUGUCUGGGCUUUUAAAGAAUGUUCUCUAUGUAGAAAACCCUUUUCUUUUUUUUCUUUUUCUCCCCGAAGUCGUUUGAAGGAUUUUAACUCAACCUUUUAUGGAAAUUUGUGACACUGCCCGUGCUAAUAAUAUACUGAGUAGAAAUUAGAUACUCUUCAUUGUUCUUGUCCUGUUUUGCCUCCCUUUCUAGUCCAAAUCUAAAAAGUCGUGAAACUUUCAUUUUACCCCACUUUUCUUGUGCCCCUUGCAGUGAUGGCUGCUGAGAAAAGUGUAUUUAGAAAAGAAAAUGAAAAAAUGGCAUGUUUCUAUGUUCUCAUGUACAGACUUUUAUAUUCAUUAUUGUUUUAAAGAUUGAAAUAAAACAAAUUGUAGUUAACAGUAAAAUUCACAUGGGAAACAAA